AUGGCCAAGACAGGAAUUGAACUUACAAACGAAGCUUUAUCUGCCUUCUUACGUGCUAAAUCAGCCUCUGAUUCUGUUCUUUCAUCAUCUUCAUCAAGUGUUGCCUUUACCGAACAGGAUAAAAUCAGAUGGAUUAAAGUACGUAUUCUCUUGGAUCAUGAACCUCCAAUCAUGGAUCUUGUUGAAACCCAUCCACUCUCUGAUAUUUCCUCUGAUUAUAAUGCCAUGUCUGAAAGUGUUGCAAAGAAACCUUUGGCUCCUUGUUACUUCUUCUUCCGUUUAGAUACAACAGUUUCAGAUCAAAAUCAAAAUUAUGAAUGGUUGUUGAUUUGGUAUGUUCCAGAGAGAGCAAAGGUUCGUGAAAAGAUGUUGUACUCUUCAUCUAUGGCUGGAUUAAAGGCACAAAUUGGUUUUUCCAACUCACUUUAUGGUGCUAAUAUUUGGGCUGGAGAUUAUCACACAGUUUGUGUUGAUGAUUUGAAAUAUCAAAACUUUUCCUUUGUUCACAAAUCACAACGUCACAUUCAUGACAUUGAAUUAUACACUGAACAAGAAAGACAAAAAUUGAUGGAAGAAAAGGAAGCUUUUGACCAAAUUGAAAAGGAUGCCGAGUCAAAGUCUCCAACCACUCAACCUACAUCAUCAUCAUCUUCUGAUAGCGGUAGUAGCGGUGGAGCUUCACGUGGUGUUUCUUUCCCAUUUGAAGAAUCUGCCAAGAGAGCUCUUUCUAAUUUAGAAAAGGGUACAUCAUUGAUGGUUGUUUUGAAGAUUGACACUGAAAAGGAAAUUAUUGUUCUUUCAAACGAACGUACUGGAAACAAUGCUAUUAGUGUUGAAGAAUUGAAGGAAAAUAUUUCUGAUUCUGAACCACGUUACAUUUUCUUCCACUUCCAAUAUGAACAUGAAGAAAAUCAAGGAAAUUCAGGAAAGACUGUUUUCAUCUAUAGUUGCCCAACUAAAUCCAAGGUCAAACAAAGAAUGUUAGCCAGUGCCAGUAAGGGUCACGUAGUUCAAACUGCUACCUCAUCUGGUGUUUUGAAGCUUGAAGCUAGUUUGGAAAUUUCAGAUGUUGAAGAUUUGACUCACGAAUUCCUCGUCAAGUAUAUUCACCCUCCAAAGUCUGACUCUUCUUUGAAAUUCUCCAAGCCAAAGAGAGCUGGACGUGGUACUGCACGUGUUGCCAAGAUUGAAGAAUAAUUUUGUUGUUACAGAGCUAUGUAAAAUUAUUAUUUGUAUAAUAAUGUAAAAGAUAUCUAAGAGUAAAGAUUAUUUAUUAAC